CGCCAAUCCCGAGCGCUGCACGGCAGAUCACACCGCACUGCUGCAGUGCAGGCACAUCCACCACGCACCCACAUGCCGAGACCUCGGUCCAGAAGAUAAAAACUAACAUCUGGAUCAUCGCUAUACCAACCACCAAGAUCAGCAAAGGCGGGUAGAGCGGCUCCUUCCUCUGCCCACCCCGCCACCCGCAUGCAGCUUGACGACUCACCGGACCACUACGACAUCCUCGCUCCACCUUCGCACUCGCGUUGCGUCGCGUCGCGUCACGGCGGGCUCCCUCCCUCCGCCUCCAUGUGAUGUGACGCGACAGCGUAGCGCGAGGCUGCAGGCUGAAGAUCUCACUCUUGUUGGAAGAAGAAGAAGAAGAAGCCGGGGGAGACCCAGGCCUGACCGGACCGCGCGCCUGAGGGAGGGGAAGGACGACGAUGGGGCUGCUGUCUCAGCGAGUGGAGCUGUCGGACAUGAAGCCCGGGGACCACAUCUACACCUGGCGCGCCGGCUACACCUACUCCCACCACGGGAUCUACGUCGGCGGCAGCAAGGUGGUGCACUUCACGCGUAAGAAGGAGGCGGGCAACGCGGGCCUGGACUCGGCCGUGGUCGCCGCGUCCAGCAGCCUCCUCCUCUCGCAGCAGGGGCCCGACGGCGCCGCGUGUCCCGCCUCCCUCCCGGACUGCGGCUUCCAACUCCCCGACAGCGGCGUGGUGCUGACCUGCCUGGACUGCUUCCUGCGCGGCGGCGCGGCGCACCGCUUCGAGUACGGCGCGGCCGCGGCGGCGUUCCUGGCCAGGCUGCGCGGGGGCACGUGCACCACGGCGCGCGCCGACGCGGGCGCCGCCGCCGUGCGCCGCGCCAUGCACCUCCUCCGGCACGGCUGCUUCGGCGACUACGACGUGUUCGGGAACAACUGCGAGGACUUCGCGCUCUACUGCAGGACGGCGCUGCUGCCCGCCGCCGCAACCGGGAUCGGGCGGAGCGGGCAGGCCGCGUCCGCCGUCGGCGUGCCGCUGGCCGCGCUCCUCUCCACCCCGCUCAACCUCCUGGCCGCCGCCGGCCCGCUCGGCGUGGCCGCCGUCACCGCCGGCGUGUACUGCGCCGGCCGGUACGUCACCGACAUCGGGGUGCGCAAGGACGUGGUGAAGGUGGAGGCGGAGGACCUCGCGGCGCACCUCGGCUGCUGCCGCCGCCGUGCCGAGGAGCAGGAGGAGGCAGCGGCGCUCAACAACAAGAAGGAGCAGCCGGCCAAGGCCAAGCAGAGCUUGCUUCCGCUGAAGCGGAAACGGGAGGUUUGCGUCUGAUUUUUGGUGUGCACACAUGCGAUGCGAAUAGGUUUCGUUACUAGUCACUGGCUGGCUGCAUAGAAAUUAAUAAGGCACGUAUAGAUAGACAUGGACGCGUCUUUGCUUGGUCAAGUAAGUGUGUGCUUUGGUCUAAUAAUAGUUGAGUGUUAGUUGUUCACUUCGAUCCUUUGUUUUUUCUUUUUCCCAAGGAGAAAUCAGAGUUUGUUGGUUGUUCUUUGUACUCGCUCCGUCUGAUAUACUAGCUCAAGAGUUCAGUAAAUGGGUUGUCACGCAUCUAUAGACUGCAGUUAGAAGA